AUGAGCAGGCAGAACGUCGAAAAUAGACAGAUAUUCGCGACUGCACUUCUACCCACCGUCAGUACAAUAGUCGCAGCGUCUACAGGUGCUUCUGUGGCGAAUGUCCUCCCAGACUCACAGGCUAGGAUCACUAUUGUCAUUUCAUACAUCCUCUUAGGCAUGGGACUGCCAAUAUCCGUACUCCUCAUGGCUAAUUACAGCUACAGACUCAUCCUAUUCAAGUUGCCCCAGCCUGCUUUCAUUAGCUCGACCUUUAUCACUAUAGGGCCAUGCGGGCACUUCCCUAUCGGCACCCUGGCCUUGUCUGCUCAAGAGCUGGGCAAGGAGAUGGACUCAACAGGGAUGAAAGUCGUCGGUACUAUCCUGAUGAUGCUCUUGUUGAUAAUUUGGCUGCUUCUUUUUCCAGUGACUCUUUACUUCAGCGUCAUUAAGGAUUCUUGGUUCACUAGCCCGUGUCUGUCGGAAGUCGGUGGCCAGCCGCCUUCAUUUGAGGAGGUUGACUUUAUCAAGAACCGCAAGUAUUGA